AACAAAUCUAUUUAAAUAUGUUUCAUUUAUAUUGAAAUAUAUUCCAAUAUAUUAAUUUUGCAUACGGAAGGCAUCGACAAUAUCAUUGACAACCAGUGUAGUUGCUGUAAUGGUAAUGUUCAAAAUGCAAUUAUCUAAUAAAAAACCCCCAUAAUGUUUAUUUACCAAUGUCUCCAGGGGGGUAUUUCAUCAAGGCAGAUAAACGAAAAUCCAGGCUCAUUUCAAGUGUGGCUAAUUUAAGUGAGAGUUCCGUUCCAUUACUGUGGCUUAUAGGAGUCCCUGCUCAGUAACCAAGGUAACUUAUACCUCUGAACUAACUUGCUCCCUCGCAGACUAAAUGUCAAGGUUAAUUUAGCUGUGUUUCAAAGAAUGUCCAACAGGCGGAAACAGAAUUCCAAAAGACCGUUCAGUGUAUUUUCUUGCACUUUUGUCCUGUCUGUGUUCGGAAACAUUAAUUCAGACUUUUUUCUGUCAUUGUGACCAAGCAUUGAUGUUGAAGUUAAGAAAAGCAUGUCUUACCACUUUCACUGUCUUCAAAAGCCAACAGUUAAUUGACAUAGGCCUAGAUUAUAGCUGAAUCUCAAAUCGCAUAGUACAUACUAUAGUACAAUUAAAGUAAGUACUUCGCGGAAGAUGGUAAAGUAUGUACUGUUUAGUAUAUAGGAAGCUAGUAUGCCAGUAUUUGGACUGAUUUGGACCUACCUUGUCAUAAUAUUGUCUCAACAUUACAUUUUGGCACAUAUUAACAUGCCAAGUUUGAGUAUUUUGCUAGACACCAUUAAGCAUUGUGUUAAACUGACUAACAUUUCUUAUGAAGUUUACUUCCACCACAAAUAGCUUCUAUGAAUUGUAUGGCUUUUGCCACUGGCUGUUUUAAAAGCUUAUAUGCCAGUAAUACUAGAAUCUUACUGCUUGGAAUAGUCAUGAGAAUUAAGUAAUUGCUAGUGUGACUGAAGACGAACUUUACACUACCAAAGCUAUUUAAUUUCAGGACACAGCAACGUUCAACAUUGAUGCAGUAACAAUCAAUAUAGGUGACGAUAACUGACUUUUUCGUCAAGUGAAAAGACAAGAGAAUCGUGAAAACUCAUCCUCUUUCACUGCGCAAAUAGUUGAUGUCUAUAUUACCCCAAAAGGCAUGCAUGGAUGCUUACUUCGAAAAUCCACCAGAAAUAGAUCACCUGGGAACUUUUGGCAUACUAUUUUCAGCGUACAUUGGUUUGAGACAUACUAAUCUUCUCACAUACUGUACUAAUCUAGCAUACUUUAUAGUAUGCAAGUAUGUGAUUUGAGAUUCAGACUAUAUAAGCAGUGCAUCUAAAGACAAGCCAAUUGCAACCAAAUGGCAUGUCCAUUCCUAAACAACCCUGUAGAUGAACAUGCUCAGAUUCUACAAAAAGCGUUUACAACACCAGCCCCAAGGGUCUUCAGAGACAGAAGUUCUCCACUAGGCUUUCCUGAUGAAUAUCUGUGGGAGAGGUACAUGUUCAGCAGGUCCAGCAAAGUUUACCUAUGCAGCCUGCUGGAACCACACAUAAGGAAGCACACUCAACGUAGCCAAGCCUUGACCACUGUUCAGUCCCUCUGCAUGGCUCUGCGUUUCUUUGCAUGUGGGACAUUCUUGUACAGUGUUGGUGAUGCAGAAGAUCUUGCGAAGGCAACUGCAUGCCAGGAAAUAAGGGUAUGCCUUGCUCUAAAGCAGUACCUGAAUAUUUUCAUCACUUUCCCUGGUCAUCUUAAAACACAAAAAAAUCAAAGAGGCAUUUUAUUCAAUUGCAGGUAUGUGAUCAUUAAAAUAAAUGUAAAGUAGCCUACAGGUUGACAAGCCUCUGCAUUUACGUAAUCCUCUUUUUCAGGCUUCCCCUAUGUUAUAGGCACAAUAGACUGUACCCAUGUGCAUGCCAGUCCCUAUCUGGACCUGUGGAUGCAGACUAUGUCAAUCGGAAAUCUUUCCAUAGCCUAAACGUAAAGGCAUCUACUGGGGGCAUCUGUCAACAAACUGUCAGGCAGAAUAGUACUAAAUGGAUUUGGAUGAAAUGUGCACAUAGAUUUAAAUCCGUUACCCUGGGAGUUGUUCACAGAAAUGUCAAUUUCAUUGUCUGCCUCACACAAAGCAGUAAAUGUGCUGUAUGGAGAUAAUGUUUCACCUUAUCAGCACAGAUUAUUCAGAAAAAAUCGGGUAUGUCCUUUCCUAAUCAAGUAGACUAUGUCAUAGCACUAACAUGUAGCUGCAGAAGGACGAUGCAAAACCACAUUUGAAACCUCACACAAUGUCAGACCCAAAAUUAUUAUUUCUGUAAUGUGAGCAAUGUUAGGAACUGGAAUAAUUCGGAACUUGAAUUUACAAUUUGAAAGUCACCACUGCAUCAACUCUUCUAAGCCUGGUUUGAGUUAACUUUGACAAGACACGGCUAGAUUGGGUCAAUUUGAAUGGCUUGAGCCUUAAGUGGAAGUUGGCGUUCAUUCAAACCGGGCUUUUUCAAUUUGGCGCAGAUUUCAUUAGCGGUGUCGAUGGAAUACCCCCUAGGAUUUUAGCAAGGGAUGAAAACGAAGGAAUAAGACGGUAAAGAUAGUUUCAUAUUCACACAUUCGACUACUCCAAUGUACCGGUAAAAGUGUCAUUGGUCUGCCGACCCCAGAGUGCCGAGUGUCGGACAAGACUAUAUCAACGUGCCGGAGAAAGGACAACUUAGGGACCGGGGUAAAAGUGCAGUCAUCAGAACUAUUACUUUUUAUGAUACAGUUGGUAGCUUAUUACUUGAAAUAUAUAUUUCAAAAUGUAUAAUAUAUAAUAUAAUAUAUAUAUAGUGUUACUCCAUAAUUACUCGAUUUACGUGUAUUCAUCUAUCAUUAAUUCCUUGGUCAUUUGAGCUGCUGCUUUUUCAGAAAGAUCACAUCCUGCAAUUUAAGGCAUCAGCAAUUGCAUUUUGAUUAGUUAUAGGUUCAGUCCAACACUAUCUGUCGUGGCAGGGUGGGGACUGCACUGUUAAAAGUUUUUACUGUUUUCCAGAAUUUGGAAUGACAUCUCUGCUUAUCUGCAUCCCUCUUAUAUAGUGAAAUACUGUAGUGCUAGUUUGGCCUCUGGAAUAGCUGACCUGCAGGAUCACUUUGGGAGAAAUGUGGCCAAUAGCAUAUCUUUCUUGACAGAUGGUGGGCGAUAUACUCCAAACAACUGUAAUAUUAAAAUGGUUUCCUGAUUUAAUACUUUGGUUAUUAACAUCCCAUAUGAAUACAGAUAAAAUUAAGAAGCAAGACUGAAAGUUGAUUGUCUUUCUAAAUGGCCAUGAUUCCACUCUAUAUUUGUACCCCUCAAGUGCAAUAUCUACACCAUGUGCUUUUUUAGAUAACAACAUUUCAGAUAAAAUAAAAACACCUGGAUUAGAUUGAGAUUAAAAAUCUUAAUAAAAUAAAUAUACUCUGUACAUUUAGGUGUACUCUGAACAUUUCUUUAAUGUUUUUGGAUUGUCAACAUAUACUGGAUUGUUAGUGCUGUUUAUUAUUGUUAAGAUACUUGUGUGAUUCAAUUCUAUGGGGACAGAACUACUACUUACAACCGUGUAGUAAUACAAUAAUCAGAUAUAAUACUACUUAAAGCAUAGGUUGAGCUGACAUAAUUGUUUGUUCAAAUCAAGGUUGCAUCAUUUACAUAAUCCCUCUUCUCAUCUAUGGCAGAGGUUGAGCAAUAGGACUACAAGAUCAAGUCAGUGGUUACCUAACUUGAUGUCGAUUUGGCCAAUCACUUCCUUAAAGGUUGCCUUGUGAGGUUGAGGAGAAUAGCACACAUUUAAUCUCAUGUCAAAUCGUUUUUUCAUAUUGUGGACUAUUUUCGAAAGUUUCAGGCAAUAGGUUUAGUAUUAUUUGUAACUAAAACCAAUAGUAAAUAAGUAUUUGAGUUAUAGUUGAUUGAGAUUAUAAUCCUGUUCUACUGUUUUAAUUAGGCUAAUGGUACAAAUGUGGCAUAUGCUGUGCAGAUGGCUAUGGAAUAUGUAAAAGUGGAGGAAGAUGUCCACAAUGUAUUGACACAGGAAAUCCAUGAGCUAAUAGACAUUCUGAGCAAUCAAGAGGAUGACUUUCUCAACAAACUCUUUGGAAUAAUGGAGAGAAGAGUGCUUGAGCAGCUGUUGCACCUUGCUAGCCACAGAGAACGCAUCAUGGGGUUGUUGGAUUACUUGAGGGUUGCAGACCCAGCUAUCUGCCGACGAUUUCUACAAAUGGUCUGCAUGAACUAUGACAUGCCAAUGCGUCUGGAAUCACGACUGAUGUCUGUGGCUGGACCUGUGACUUGUGAUCCCUGGCCUAUACCAGGAAAUGAACCCCCAUCCCACUUUGAUCCAGUGAAGGAAAACAACAGUCAUACUCUGGUUGAUGAGUAUACGCCAUCUCAAGAGAGCUGUGUAAAACGCCCACGAAUGGAUCAUGUGGAAAGCUACAAGGCUUCUGUGAGUACAUUUUUACAGCAGAGAUGGGAGAAGGUAAGGCAAGGUGUAGUAAAGGAGGUUCGUCUGGAAGAGGCAUGGGUCAGUCUGCGCAACAGAAAUCCUUUUAGACCCAGAGACAGAGCUGAAAGAGGUCCAAGUCCCUCAGAGCUUCAGGAGAGGGGCGAGGAUGGGGCGGUGGAGGACAAGGUGACAGUUGAAUCUCUCCUCCAUUCAGCGGCUCAAAUCACACUGCUGUUGGGCCAGGCUGGCUCAGGGAAGACACUGCUGAUGUACUGCCUAGGCCAGCGCUGGGCUCAGGGUGCCUUCCCCUCCUCUCAACUACUGUUCCUGCUAGAGUUCCGCCAGCUCAAUCUCGUAGUGCAACCACUGUCUCUGAAAGAACUACUUUUUCGCUGUUUUCUUUCACCCGAGGGUGGCGAGGAGGAGGGUGUCGCUGUGCUUGACUUUAUUCUCCACAACCCUGAGAAGAUAUGCUUGAUCUUCGAUGGUUACGAUGAGUUUCACACAAAAAUUACCCACUUAGAGACACAGAGCAGCUCCUUUGACCCACUGAGCCCUGUCCCCAUGGCAGAGUUGAUCGCUGGGCUGUGUAGUGGCAGGAUUCUUCCAGGAUGCACCCUGUUGAUUACCUGCCGGCCUCGGGAUGUAACAGACCUGGAGACAUUGGUUGACUGCAUCCGCAUUGGGUGGCUGCUUGGCUUCAACAAAAGCAGUGUGAAAGAAUAUGCUGACCAGUAUUUUCAGGACAGGGGUGAGGAUCUGAAGAAGAAGGCUGUGGGUCACCUCCUGUCCAACCACCAGCUCCUCACCAUGUCUUACCUGCCUGCUCUCUGUCAUAUCUGCUGUGUAUGUUUGGAGCACAUGUUCUCCGGUGGCAUGUCCCAGACACAGGCUUUGCCAACCACCCUCACCCAGGUCUACCUCCAGAUCCUCUUUGCCUUCCUGAGCCAAUGCCCAGGGAGUGACCCACCCGUGCUGGAGACAUUCUGGGCAGAGGUGACACAGCUGAGCCAGCUGGCCAUGAGGGGUCUGGAGGCGAGCCGGAUUGUGUUUCUCUCUGAAGAGGUUCCAUCGAACUUGCUGGAUUUUGCCACUAAGGCUGGUCUUCUCUCCCUGGUGGACCUGACCCAUGAGAAUGGAUCUAAAGGCCAAGGCUACGUCUUCAUGCACCUCACCAUGCAAGAGUUUCUAGGCGCGUUACACAUCAUGACCAGCAAGGACAUCACAGAGGCCCUGCUCAGGAAAAAGUUCAACCUCAAGUCCCGCUGGACCACCAAGUCAGACCCCAAGAAUGUGUUCACUGACUCCCUCCACCUGUAUUUGUGUGGGUUUGCUGCCCCAGCCUGCUCUUCCUACUUAAUCCAACUUGUUAGGGGAGUGGGGGCAGCAGGGUGGGUGAACAAACGCCAGGCACUAGUCCUUAAAAUACUCCGGAGCCUGGCAAUGAGCACCACCCUGACUGGGCCAAAGUUAGUAGAGCUAUGCCGCUGUGUCCAGGAGACUCAGGAUGCCCAGCUGGCCAGGGAGGUGGUGGGUUCACGACCCUGCUUUGAGCUAAGGAACAUCAGGUUAAACCCUGUGGAUCUGGAUGCCGUGGCCUUUGUUGUCUCAUCUGCUGGAAUAGGCUGUGGGCUGGACUUUGGAGCCUGUUCCAUGGAACUAGAAUGUCUUGAUAUUCUACCCAGCUGCCAGCACAUUGACUACCUAAUUUUUCGUAGCCGCAAGUAUGAUGACAAAUUUGCAGAUAAGCUGUCAUGCAUUCUUCCCAGACUACCAACCAUGAAAAGAUUUGAAUUUAUUUGUGGUAACCUUACUGAUGUGGGAGCUGCCAAACUUGCUAAAGCCCUGAGAAGAUGUCCUCAGAUCAAACAGCUCAAUUUCAGUGACAACAGCCUGACAGACAGAGGAGUCAGGGAAAUUGCAGACAUCUUUCCAAUAUUGCCCUGCCUUACUUCAGUCAUGUUGGGAAGGAAUGACAUCGCUCUGGAUAGUAUAUUCACCCUCUUAGAGAAAAUGAUUUCCUGUGCCUCGCCUGGUGGUCUGUAUGUUGAUGGCGUGAAGGACAUCAAUGUUGUCCUUCACUCAGAAUUAAAAUGUUUUAAAACUGGCCUGACUGUCAGGCUGUUGAACUGCAGAUUCACUACUGACCAGAUGAACACACUGUGUCAGUUGUUAUCAAGAUGUCCUGUCCUCUAUGUACUGGAUCUAUCAGGAAGCCACAUGAAAGCUGACACUCUCAAGGCCCUGACAGACUCUCUACACAAGCUGAAAAUCUCCAAACACAUUCUUUUGAAUGGUAGCUCUAAAUCUGUUGAAGAGCUGAUGGUUUUGACCAAUUUCCUGUCAGUAUGUCCUGAUGUGGUUCAAGUGAAUAUAAGUCUCCAAGACCCUGUGGAUGUCUCCAUACAUUUCACUGGGAGCAUAGAGAAUCACAAGACUUCAAAGAAACUGUUUUUGGUUGGCUGUGGUCUUCGCUCUUCACACUUGGACCUUCUGUGUAAGAAUUUGGAACACUGCUCUUCGCUGACUUUUCUGGACAUUUCCAAAAAUGCUCUGGGAAACAAAGGUCUGAAGAAUUUGCUAGAUCUCUUACCUCAUCUUGGCACCAUCCAGGAAAUCAAUGUCAGUGAAAAUGCAGUCAACAUGGAAGGGGUGGUGUUUCUAGCUAGCAAACUCGCCUCACACAGGAACAUGAGCGAAGUGAAUAUCAGUCAUGGGGGGAAGAAGAAUCUUUUCCUAAUAUUCCAGUCCAAUAAAAGAUUACAAUCAGAACCCCUUCAGGCCUCACCAGAUAAGGAGCACUAUCAGAAACUCAGCCUAACACACAGCAGUAUCCAGCCCAGUGACAUGGCAAAGCUGUGUGAAAGACUAGUUCGGUGUCCUGGCCCCCUGGUGCUGGAUUUCUCCCAUGGUUCCCUGAGAGAUGAUGCCAUUGAACGUCUGUUGAGGAUCCUGCCUAAAAUGACAUCUCUUCAGCUGCUCAAUAUGAGCCAUGUCCAGAUGUCCACAAAUGGAGCAUUGCUAUUGGUCAGAUCGCUGAUUGACUGCCAGCAUGUCAGAGCUGUGAAACUCAUGCCCCAAGGAGAAGCCUUCAUCAAGUUUGCCAACAGGAAAACAGACCAAGCAACUUGCAGACUGACUCAGUACACGCUGACAAUUAUGGAUGUGGAGAAACUCUCUUGGAUCCUGGAGCAGUGUCCUCGUCUGUCAGAGCUGGAUUUAUCCAGUAACCUUCUGAGAGACGAGGGAGUGAAAAGCUUUGCUGAUUCUCUGCCAAGGCUGCGGAUUGCCAGCUCAGUGAAUCUCAAUGAUAACAAACUUACCCAGAUGGGGGCGCUCUACCUGGUGAACACAGUCACAACCUGUGAAAAGGUGGUUUCAGUGGAAGUCAGUCUGGGAACUGAAGAGAGGUCGCUAAUUCGAUUUGAACAGCAAAGUGACUCUGGCAAAACUCUAAGUCUGAGAGAGUGUCAUUUUGGGACAGACCAUCUGCAGAGACUAGCAGACAUUUUGACACGAUGUGCUGCUCACUUGGUCAAACUGAGUUUAAUUAACAAUGGACUGAGUGUUGAGGUGAUUGAAGACUUAGUUAAGCAGCUGAGGUGUGGUCACAUCCAAUGCUCAAUCAGUAUUGAUGAGACAUGGAUCACAGCUGAAGCUGCAGUAAACCUGGUCUCAUGCUGCCUAAACCUGAACCCCAAAAUACACACCAUCAGGGUGAACAAAACUGCUGUACACAUUACUUUGGAGGAAUGCACAAAUCACACUCCAACCAGUGCUGACUCAACAGACAUGGCUAGCUCUCUGUCUACCGUGACCAUCAGCUUGGUGGACUGUGAAGUGCAAGGGCACCAUCUAGUGUCACUGUUGACUGUGUUGCACAGAUGUGCUCUGCUGCAGGAGCUGGAUUUAUCCCACAACAGUCUUGGUAGAGUGGGAGUAGAGUGGCUUUGCUCUGUCUUACCGUCCUUAACUAGUUUGAGGAAACUCAGUCUUGAAUCAAAAGAAGCGUCUGAAGAUGUAGUAUUGCUGCUUGCCGAUGGCUUGUUGCAGGCUAAAAGCAUUGAGACCUUAAAUUUGUCUGGCCAUGUGAUCAGCGACAGAGGAGCUGUCCUUCUAUCUACAACACUCCAGAAACUGCCUCAUCUCAAAACAAUCAAUCUGUCCCAUUGCUAUGGUUGGACAGAAGCAGGGGCCUUGGACAUUGUCCGAGGGCUUGGACAGUGUCGCUCUCUGGAAGGGAUCUGCCUCGAGUCUGUAGAGCUGGAUGAAGGGAGCACUGAGUGCCUGGCCUGUGGUCUCCGUUCAAUGACCUCCUUGAAGAGGCUUAAUCUGAAUAAGAAAGUUACCAUGGCGACCGGAUCCACUGGGGAGGGGGCCACAGUGGUCCUACUGGCCUCUCUGGAGGGGCUCAGCGGAAUGGAGGAGAUAGAGUUGGAGGGGAUGAGGAUGACAGAUAAAGGAGUGGGGGAGCUUAUCAAACAUCUGCCCUCCUGGAAAGGCCUGAGGAAGAUCAGCCUGUCAGAGAAUCAUAUAAGUGACCAAGCAGGAGAGAGGCUGUUGCAGGCUCUUUCAAGCUGCACAGCACUGGAGGAACUCAAUCUCUCUAGGAAUAACCUCAGCCUUGCCAGUGCUGCAAAGAUGGAACUGGUUCUGCCCACUCUCACUCAUCUCCAGGUUCUAGAUCUUUCUGAGAACAGGUUUGGUCCAGUAGGAUCUGUCAGUAUCUCCAAAGCCUUGAGCUUCAUGAAGCAUUUGACCAAGAUACACUUGACCUCCAUAGGGACUUCAGAGCUUACUGGUCUGGCUGGCAGUCUGGUUAACUGGAUCUGUGCAGAGGAUGUCAGUUUUGCGUGGAAUGGUUGUGGGGACGAUGUUGCAGUGAAGCUUUCGGAGGUUUUACCACAGUGUCAAAAGCUCAGGAGACUUGAUUUAGAGUCCAACAGAAUCAGCAUGAAAGGAGCAGAGGCCCUUGCCAGAAGUUUGCAAUCUUGUUCCUCAGUUGAAGUGAUCAGACUGUGGAGGAAUGCAAUCUCCAACAGUGAUGCCCAAAGACUGAGGCAGGGGGAGAAGAGGCUCAACUUCUCCUCCACAUGAGCUUUUCUCAUUAAUUCAGUGACACCACAACAGAUAACUUGCACUAUUAAUAUUAAUUUUAUGCACUUAAGGUGUAAUUUGUUUACAUGUCAUUAGGGACCACAUUGGGAAAAAAAACUAUCAAAUCCAAACCAACAAAAUAAAUCAUUCAGUGGAGGAGAAAUGGUGAACCUUUAUUCCAACCCUGGUAAAAAGAUCUAAAAGGAGAGGAGACGCAUCUGUCUCUGUCUCUCUUCAUUCCUCUUGAACAUGUCAGCCUGUGGUCUCUAUCCACCUUCGUAUUUAUUUUUGUAUUGAUUUUGAAUAUGUACUGUAUUGAUUGUGUUUUGCUAAAUUAUUUAUUAUCCUGCUCGAGCAGAAAGGGUUAAUUAAGUCAAUUAAUUUGAGUGUUUUUCAUCAGCAGAUGAGAGUGAUAGCUUUAUGCUUUUUUUCUUCUAGCUGUCUCAUUUUGUAACAUGUAACUUGAACUAUAGAGUUGUUGUCUUAAUUAUUUUGUUUAUUUAUUUUAGGUAGACUUGAAUUAUUGUUAUUCUGAAGGACUGUAUGGUAUGUGGACUGUGUUUUGACUUGCAACCCAAUUAUUUAUUUCACUAAUUUGUCUUUUAAUUCAAUAAUGUGAGAAGAUCUGAUCUACGUGUAAUUGGUCGAAGGACUAGCUCAUGGAAAACUUUUCAGAAUUAGGAUGCCUGUAUUUUCUUGCAUGGUUUCAUUUAGUUCUUACCAUUUUGUUUACAUUUUCUUAAGCCCUGCUUAAACCUGCCACUAGCAUGUAUCCUCAUCCUUAUGAUCUUGGCCAUGAUAAUGUCUGUUUUCACUACUGAGAUGUGAAUGUGAAAAAGAUAAAGAAAGAGGUUGCAUGCUAGAACCAGGAUCUAAACAGGGCUUUGGAAUGGAGGAUUGUAAUGUUACUCACUGAAUUCAAUGUGGAUUUUCAUUGCUUUUUAAAAAUGUUAUUUGUUAUGUCCUUUUUAUUCUGACAUGCACUCAGGUCUAAUACAGUAGUGUUAGCCAAGUCUUCUUUUUCAUAUUGUAUGCUGUGUAAAUAUUGAGUUUAUUUAUCUGAACUUAACCCUUGAUUUGCAACAUGAUUUUCUUCAGAAUCAGAAGGAAUAAGAAAGAACCUCUGUUUGACUGCAUUUGAAAUGCUUACAAAUGUUGGUUUUCAUCUUUAUUAUAUGUAAUAAAAACAAUGCUCACC